UAAAUAGAUCGCUGCAGUGGAUACCUAGACUCCUGAAGAAGCUUGAUUUAAUUUGAGUCUUCAGCCCACAGAGACUUCUGUUGUCAAUAUCCACAACAGCGCCAGAGGGACUGAUAUCCUGGAAACAUAGGUGAUUCAAUCUCCACAGUGACCGUCCUUCCUCCAAGUCAAUGACAUGAUGCUUCUUUUUGUAGGAUGUGUUCAGCAAGGUCCUCAGUCAGCUCUUAGUCCAUGCUGACCAUGGCCUGGGUUCCAUGCUUCCACCUCUGAAUAGGAGCACCACUUAAACAUCACAUUUGCCCGUGAUCCUGCCAUCAGUGAUAUACCCCCAGUUAUGACGACACUUGAACCUCAAGGUAUAUCUGAUUAUACCAUGGCUUCUAAUGGAAAAGACACAACUAUGGCAUCCCCAGAGCAUGGGGAGGAAGAGCAGCAGAAUGUCUUGAGGAGGGUGGCCAGUCUACCUUUAGUCAACUCUGCCUGUGAUCUGGCUGCCACUGCCUAUGCUUCCACCAAGGAGAGCCAUCCCUAUGUGAAGUCCAUCUGUGACAUGGCAGAGAAGGGAGUGACCUCCAUUACCAAUGCUGCAGUUAGCAGCACACAGCCAGUUGUAACUAAACUUGAACCUGAGGCGACAACAGCAGAGGAGGGUGUUUCUGAAGUACCUGACAAAGUGGAGGAGAAUCUGCCAGUCCUUCAACAGACUGCUGAUGAGCCUACAUCUGAGACACAGGAGCUGGCCUCUCCCAGACUGACAGAUGUCAAGGAGACCAUGAUCAGAGUGGUAGAUAUGACCAAAGAGGCUGUGCAGGACAGUAUGAAGACCACCAAAUCAGUGGUAACUGACAGCAUGAGCACAGUUGUGGAAUCAAGAAUGGGCCAACUGGCCAUAAGUGGAAUGGAAGCAGUGCUGGAGAAAUCUGAAGAGCUCUUGGAUCACUAUCUGCCCAUGACAGAGGAUGAACUAGCUGAACUUGCUGAAGCUGUGGAAGGGGCUGAAGUGUCUUCAUCACAACCACAAGAGCAUCGGAGUUACUUCGUGCGUUUAGGUUCCCUGUCAACCAAACUUCGCCAACGUGCCUACCGCUACUCCCUGAACAAGAUGAGACAUACCAGUCAAAGCAUCAGAGAGGCUCUUUGCCAGCUUCAUGAAACCAUGGGACUGAUUGAAUACCUUAAGCAAGGUGUGUCUCUUCAAGAAGUCCAGGAGAAGUUCCAUCACAUAUGGCUGAGCUGGAAUAGAGAGCAGCCAAAAAGCAGUGACCUCAAGGAUUUGGCAAAACCAGAGAUGGAGUCUGAGACUUUGGCCAUAUCCCGCAGCAUUAUCCAGCAGCUGCAGGAUGCCUGCCAGAUGCUAGUAUCCAGCAUUCAAGGUCUCCCCACCAACUUUCAGGAUAAGGUGAAACAGAUGUAUCGCAACAUGGAAGAGCUUCAUGCAUCCUUCUCCACUGCCCAUUCCUUCCAGGAUCUCUCCAGCAGCCUCCUAACCCAGAGCCAGGAGAUGGUGACCAAGGCCCAGGAAUAUGUAGAUGAGCUGAUGGCAUACAUGAUGGAGAAUACUCCUCUGUCUUGGGUGGUGGGACCAUUCAUCCCAUCUGGUAAGGUGUCAGAAGAUGCCAUUGAACCACAAAACCAAGAAAAUGAGGCUGAGGAAGCCUCCAAGUCUAAGGAGGCCCUGUGACCUAGAAACCUGACACUUCAACUUCGAAGGAAGGCAAACUCAUUCAGUCUUCCUUCUGACUUCAUGUGUACUAGCAUACUUCAGGAAAGACACCAGUGGCUAGUACUCAUAUGCACUGUGCCUAAAUCUCUCUCCUAAUUUCUGGAGGUGUUGUGUGACUGCUAUAAUGUAGAUCACUUCUCAGCUCAGAUACUACUUGUUUGUGUUAUCACUGUCCGUCUUCAAAAUAAAAUGUCACUUCAUUUGAA